AUGAGCGGCAGGCUGGAAGACCUCAGCCCCAAACAGGCUGAAGCACUGCGACAGUUGCGGGAGAGGAUUCAAGACGUUCUUCCUCAACUUCCUGCCCAACAUGACCACUUCCUGCUACGAUGGCUCAGAGCCAGAAACUUCAACGUGCAAAAAUCAGAGGCAAUGUUGCGAAAGCAUGUGGAGUUCAGGAAACAAAUGAAGGUGGACACAAUCAUCAGUGACUGGCGGCCACCUGAGGUGAUUGAGAAGUACCUAUCCGGCGGCAUGUGCGGCUACGACCGUGGCGGCAGCCCAGUCUGGUACGACGUUAUCGGGCCUGUGGACCCUAAAGGUCUUUUCCUGUCCGCCUCCAAGCAGGACUUCAUCCGCUCCAAGAUUCGAGACUGCGAGAUGCUGCAACGGGAGUGUGCCGAGCAGUCGCGGAAGCUGGGCACCAACGUGGAGGCCAUCACAAUGAUCUACGACGUGGAGGGCCUGGGACUCAAACACCUCUGGAAACCGGCCAUCGAAACUUACGGAGAGAUCCUUCAGAUGUUUGAGGACAACUACCCAGAAGGCCUCAAGAAGCUGUUUGUCAUUAAAGCUCCCAAACUCUUCCCUGUGGCCUACAACCUCAUCAAACACUUCCUGAGCGAAAUCACGCGGCAGAAGAUCUUCAUCCUUGGUGCCGACUGGCAAGAGGUGCUGCUCAGGCAUAUCGACCCCGAGCAGCUGCCGGUCAUUUACGGCGGGAAAAUGACAGACCCGGACGGAGACCCUCGCUGUCGGACAAGGAUCAACCACGUGGGUCCGGUUCCUACUUCGUACUACGUGCGGGAUCACGUGUCGGUGGAAUACGAUCAGUGUUUGACUGUCAGCCGGGGAUCCACAAGACAACUGGAUUUUGAGAUUCUCUUCCCGGGAUGUGUACUCAGGUGGCAAUUUUCCAGCGAGGGCGCCGACAUUGGCUUUGGGGUCUUUCUGAAGGCCAAAAUGGGCGAGUGGAAAAAGGCGGCUGAGAUGGAGGUGGUGGUGCCCAGUCAGCGUUACAACGCUCACCUGGUGCCCGAGGAUGGCUCGCUGACAUGCGAGCGCCCCGGCAUAUAUGUGCUGCGAUUCGACAACACGUACAGCAUCUUCCAGGCCAAGAGGAUAAGCUUUACGGUGGAGGUUUUGCUGCCUGACCGCCUAAAGACACCGAAUGGAAGACCAGAUAUGAAACUCAGACCGAGCUCAACGUCCAGCUCCAAAGGCAGCUCUCACUUGUUCAUGAGAGGCUGGAAGACCUGCGGGGGAAUCCAGCGGGAGUUGCUGCGACAUCACCUUAAACUGCUCACCGACUGUAAGUCUGACCUUCAGAGUCAACUGGCCGACUGUCAAGUAAACAUCGAACACGAGGCCAAGGCGUUCCAUAAAACCAACGACGAGAGGCGAGCUUACCUGUCGGAAAUUGCCAAGUUGUCCUCCACUGUAGAAGCUCAGAGGAAGCAGUACUCCGUGCAGCCACAGGGGGCAUCAGAGAGCAAACUGAGAGUGAAACCGCCGAGCAGGAAGUCAGAGACUGACGGCAAGAAGGGAAAAGCCCGAGAGAGUGACGCCGUAGGAGAUGGCAAAGGAGAGAUGAAGAAAUCUCAGCUUGGGAGCAGGUUGCCCACCCUCAAGCAUCACGUCAAGCACUGA